GCUGGUAUGUUCUUUACUGUAAUUCAGUUUCAUGACUAUGUAGAGUUUUUAUGGAUUUGAUUUUGGACCUUAUAUGAAGUGAAGUUCACGAUGACCAGGAAAUACAUUUAGGCUAUCAUGAUGAAAGGCCCUAGAUGCUGCAAAAAAAUAUUGAAAUCUGUACAUCUAUCAAAAUUUCCAUUUUAAGAUCUAAAACAUAGAUUAAGGUGUGGCAUGGGUUGUUUUAUUUUUGUUCCUGCAGUAUAUAUGCAUCCAGAAGCACGCGACAUUAUACCAAGGGAGAAAAUGCGUAUGCCUGAUGGUCCUCCACCAUCUAAUGUAGAAGAAAUUCAAGGACUUUGGAAACUAUUUAGAGAUGAGCAACAGGAAACAAAAACUUGCAGCUUGAGCAAAACAUUCUAUGGUCCCAAUUGUCUUCCUGACAUAAAAAACCCAUCUUCGAAAGAUAUGAUCACUAUCAAAGAGUUCUUUUCCUCCCACCAGAAAUCUAUGGUCAAGCACUUAGACCAUCUGAUAUACCUAAAGGAUAUCAUACGGAAUCAUCUGAUUCCUCAAGUCCGCUCUAAAAUCAGGGAGUUAAUAAAGGAAUUGAAAUUAUUACAAAAUCCUGACUUGAAGAUGCGUGAGUUGCUUUACUUGAGUGAUAUGGAUCCCGAUGAAGAACCAAUUGACUACUUAGCUCCUGAAACAGAGGAAGAUUAUCCUGAACAGUCUGAUGCGGAGGAUGAAGAUACUGUAUUGAUGGGAAAGCUUAGACUGGGAGGUCCAUAGAAACGGUGGCUAUGAAGGCCAUAGGUUCAGGAUUAUAGUUCUUAACAGUCAGUGAAAAAGGAAGGAUUUUUGUGGCUAUGAAGACCAUAGGUUCAGGAUUAUAGUUCUUAACAGUCAGUGAAAAAAAGGAAGGAUUUUGUUAUGCCACGCUAUGAAGACCCAUCAGCUGCAUCUCUUAAAUGUAAUUCCUGCUGCACUUUGUCGAUAAGGUGAAGCAUUUUACUAGAAUGGAAGGCCGAAGUUGUACAUUGACGCCUGAUAACUCAGCAGUGUUUGUUUGUUGGUCCAAUCAUAGUUUUUUUUUUUUUGGACUAGUUGCAUCUCUUAGUGUUGUUCCAGCUUUACUUGUGCCAAUAUCGUUGAACUAUGUUACUGAAAUCUGAGGCUAAAUUUGUACAUUGAUGUUUGGUCAAUGGUUGGCAACUCUGCACAACGCUGCU